AUCGCACCUCCGACAUAGAACUUUGGCGCUACAUGCACCCUGAAUCAAGAACCUACCCUGGAGAGAAAUAGCUGCUCGAAGCCGGGAGCAAGGAUUUUACAGGAAGAAAGAUAAUAACGAUUCCACCGACAGUGGAAUGAUAUCCUAGCCAGAGAAGCGCAAAGAAAAUAAGGAAAAGCAGGACAGGAGCAGGGCUAUCUCCAUAACCUACCGGUGUUGGACUUCAGACACCGGGGGCCCGUUCACAUAACGUCUAGCCGUCCUCUUUACUCACUAACCCUAGUUUACUUGCAGCACAAUUUUUACUCAACUUAACUCGAGGGAUCCUCCCUCAAGCGACUUCAUUUCCCACCACCACUGCUUUCUAGCUCUCUCCCUCUCUUUGCGCAACUUUUCUAUUGUUCGACUCAUUUAUUUGUUUCAAGUCGCAAACCACAAACACGCGUGUGGAGUAUUAACACCGUCCUCUAGGAGGGAUGACGAGCUAUCCUCCCACACCCGCCUUUGGGGGAUUUCCCUCUGUACUAGUUAAUACCAAUCGGAAGACGAGCGCCAAUACCAGUAAUACCACAAGCAGUCCAACUUCGCCAGCUACGCGUUCCCCAAAUUAUUAUCCGAAAGCUAUGAGUAACACUCCUCGCCUACCAUCAACCGCAGCACAAAUUCCCGGCAUUGAACCAACUCUUCCAGGGUUGGGUAAGCUCGUCGAGCGAACUGACAAGGCUUUGGUCGAGGACAGAGAGGAAGGCGAACUGUCUGAUAUUGAGGGGGGCGGCCAAGGCGCCAUCGUUAACGAGAUGUCAAAUGGCGCCGGAGGCAGACAACAGGCUCGAGAGGAACAGCUGCAGAUUUAUGGGACCCGGGGUAAAUAGCACUUUACAUACCAUGGUCAUUCCUGCGCUAACUUCCUUCCUAGCGCCCAGACUAGAUGGCCAAGCUCAACUAUACUCGCCGAACAUGCCCUCAUCCUUAUGGUAAAUGCUUUGAUUGAAGGCUCACUCGUGCAUGCUAAUAUUGAACGGUGUUGAAGGGACGAUCCUUAUAGGCCACCACGACCGCGGGGUAAUCAUGCACAUGGGUUCAAAUCUGGACAUGCCCCCCAGCCCUCCGCUCAGCUGUCAACCCUUCCAGGCAAUGAGCUAUCUUAUUGCCGAGGAUGGCCUACAGAUUUUCAGUAUCAACCCAUCGAGUCGCACGAAAAAGGUAGAUCGGCUUAAAUUCUAUCUUCACUACUUUAUCUUAUUUUGCCCCCUCUUCGAAUGCUGUGCUUAAUGGAUGGAACCGCCCUUACUUACGCUUGUUUUCUUCUCGCAGAAAAUCUCCAACAUAAACCUCUACCCUUCUAUGAACCUGAGCUAUCGCCCCUGACUGGUCCUCAACACCGACCUCAAUCUCAUAAAGGACCCGCGGGGGUUCCCUCGCACUCCACGAUGCCACAGGCCUCCUCCCAACUCUCAGCUGAAGUCUUACUCAGUAACUCUGAGGCUCUACGCAAGGAGACUGAAACUGCUGUUUCGGAUAUGCUCCCUUUAAAGGUGACAUUCGCAAACAUGGUUGAAGAAGGCAUCAAUCCAAGAGUUCUUAGAAAGAUUUUUACAAGAUUAGGUUUCCCGGUUCCAGCUGAGACUACUUCAACGACUCUAGGUGUGGAUGUCAACGUCACCCAAGCAGCGCAGCAGGAUGGUAGACAAAUAGCUACAUCAACUCCACUGCAAAGAACCGAGAUCGAACGAAAUGCCCAGAUGAUCCGAAGGCAGCUAGAGAUGGGGAAGUCCGCUCGAGAUAAAGAGCGUCGAGAAGCUGAGGCAAGAGCUGCAGAAUUGGUUUCCGAGAGAGAAGCGGCUAGAGCGGAGGCUGAGAAAACAAAACGGUCCGCAGAGGUAGAAGCAAAGAAAGAAGUCCUGAGAAGAAAAAUAGGGGAGUUAAACCUCCCAGCAAAAAUUCUUCCCCACGCUCCAACGCCAGUCUCCUCGACGCCUGUUGUUGCGGCUAUUGCCAGAGCCUCUGUGGACGUUCCCCGCAUUCCGGGGCUCUCACUCGGAGACUCUAGCGCGGACAUAUCAAACAACCCACUCAUCCAGUUAACGAGUCAGACAGAUGAACACAUUGAUACAAUUAUGAAGGAUUUGCCCACCCCGGAACCCAAGCCUCUUCCCGUUGUUUCUACGCCCGCCGUGGGCUUAACUACUCCCACGACUGUUGCAGUCUUAUCUUCAGCUACGCCUUUGGAACGCCCACUUAACGUGCGUAAAAAGAGACCAGUCGCAUCGGAUUUGUAUUCUGAACCCCAGCCCACCAAACGUAAGUUUGGUGAACAACGCUUCGGGAGACUCAUUAUUGAAGUCUCAGAUGACGAUGAAGGGACUGAUGAAGCUGAUGAUGACGGUGGUGAUGAUGAUGAUGUUGGACAUGAUGAGGCAAGGACGUCGAGAUCAACGCCCACCGGCACCCGCCCUCCUGGGUCGAUCGAGCACGUUCAAAGAAGUGCAAGCACUGUGAACGUUAGUGUAGCACUGCGUUCCGUGAACACGGCCCCCCCUGGAACCCUCAAUGCAGGUUACAAAAACGGGUCAGGAGGUACCCAUGCCAAGAUAGCCUUGCAAUCUAAGAUGGAGGAAAUUGAGACACUCAAGCGAGCCAUUCAAGAAGCACAACACAAAAAGAAACUUGCUGCAAAGCGUAGUGUCUCAACUCCAUCAGUCGAUACGCCAAAUAAUGGUAGUGUAGCAACACCACCUUUCGACAACCAAUCCAAGCUCACAGGAGCAGAGGCCUUGGAAAUCAUAGCAAGCGGUGGGGCACAUUUAGCAGACAAGGACCAGCAACCCCAACUUCCUUUGACCAAGGGAAAGGUGGCCCUAAAAGAGGCUGGUCAGGAGAAGCUUAAACUUUUACUUAGAGAACUUGAGGAGCUCGAAGCCGCAGAGGAGGUUGAAAAGAGAAAGCAAGCUGAAUCUGAAAUAGUGGAGAGCAAGAGAAGAGCGGAGAAACAAGAGAAGAAGAGGAAACUUGAGGCCUUUGAGACUGUCAAGAUGAAGAGUAUGGUAGCGAGGCAGAAGCUCAAGGAGGAGAUGGAGAGAAUCGAGAAAGAGGAAAUGGAGAUUGAAGAGAAAAAACUUUUACUCGAAAAAGAACUGGAGACACUUGAACAGGCAAGCGGCAGCGGUUUUACUGCAGUCGAGGGCAGCACCGAAUCCAUAAAUGAAGCACUCAAGAGGAAAGCUGCUGAAAUCGAAAAUUUGAGAAAGCUUAUGGAGCGUACCGAGGAAGGUAAGCGAGCUCUGUGCACCCCUGCCCAAAAUGCCCCAUUCUCUUUGCUACGCCCACUAUAGGGUCAUUUUGACUGCGGUCACAAACAGGGAGACAACCCGGCAGAAGGAUGUCACGAAUGAACGCUUAUGCAUUGACCCCGGCUAUAGAUGACAAAACGGAUGCCGAGAACUCCCCCUCUGGUUCAUCUCCCUUACAGAGCGACCAAGCUUUGUCGUUUUCCCCCAGGUCCCCUCCUCACUCCCAGGAAUUUCCAAGCCCUAUCCAAUCCACUGGUGGCCAGCAUCCGGUGGCCAGCAACAAUUCUACAGCAAGUGUAGGAAAUAGACCAGCAGCCUUCCACAAAACCACAUCAGCUAAUGUAUCGCCCAAUGAGAUACAGGCUUCCAACCAACAGUUCCAGCAGGCCGCAACUCUGGCUCCUACAGCUCAAUCCUUUGAAACGAGACCGCAUGAAGUGAUGGAUGUUGACGACAAGAGCGCUCUAAAGAGCAGCCAAGCUAAUGACCAUGAGUCUGACAUGGACAUCGACAUGGAUGCUGAUAUUGAAUAUAUGGACUCUGUUCACGGGGAUGUUGCUAAUGAUGAUCCGUCUUCCGGGUCAUCGACAACUUCAAGCUCUAGUGAAAACAUUUCUUCUAAUGAGGAAAUCAUAGCAGGACCGCAGGUUCAGAACAAGCCGGUGAAGGAUAAUAAAGCAAGCCCAGAAGUUGUUCGCACAGUAGUUACAGGACAAUCUCUCAAAUCACCUCAAGACGAGGCUGCGAUCAAGAACACGUCUGGUGAGGCUAAUGUAUCUAGAAUAGUGCCCGAGCAAAAGUACCAUCGUGUCAGCGACGAGGUUGUGGCUAGCAGCAAGGUUUGCCCCGAUGUCUAAUUCUAUGCUUGAUAACCUAUCUCUUCAAUUCUAUCGUUCGCUAACCACGAAUCUCACCGUAAAAAUUCUUUUGCGUUUGUGGUUCCGAACUAUAUAGAUUUGCACUCACGUUAAACCACCUAAUGACGUCUUCACUGAAUACGUUUCACCCUUAUCAAUUUUCAAGUCAUUUCGCUACCAUCCCCGAUAUCUCGAAAUGGUUCCUGGUGGAUACAAAAGUCUCACAUAUACCAACCGCAUUCAGCCGCUCAAGCAGAUGUGUAUGUUCGAAUUUAAUGGUGGCGUAUGUAAUGAUCGGGCCUGCUCAAACCAACAUUUUAGAGAACUUGAAGUAUCCGGUAUAUCCCCUCUCCCUCCGAACAUCCCUUCGGCUAAUGGAAGAUAACUAGAUGCCGAUAUUCUUGUCGAAUUGGCCUCCGCAAAAGAGGGCAAGACAGAAGCUGAGCAGGCGCUUUAUAACCAAGGCCUUAGGGAGGAGAUAGAGAAGUUGAAGGCUCAGGGGAUCAAAGACUUCAUGACAGUGAUCGCCGGGAUCGUGGCGUAUCGCAGAAAGUUCUUGGGAGACGAGUCCAGAGUCCUCAAAUUACCCUGAUAUGCACUUAACCACCUUAAAAAUUUCCUAGACUCAUUAGCAUUGUAUAACUCAUUGCAUAAGCGCUAUUUUAGUUUACCGCCGUAUUUAUGGGCUUGUUGCAAAAAUCGGCUAUGUCUCAAUUCGCUUUCCUGUAUUAUUAUUACCCUCGCUCCGCGUAUUUACCCUUUGAUGUUCGCUCUAGUACAUAGGCAUAUUUCCUUUAUUAUUCCCUUUGUGCUGAUUUUCAUAAGUCCAUCGUAAUAUGGGUUUCCUUUUCUUCUUUCUGGCUGCCGAAAAUUCUAUCCUCUAAUGUCGUUGCACUUCCCGAUAUUAUACCAUACAUCCCACUAGGUCUCAAUUGGCAGGAGGGCGGGGGGUAUCAUAAGUUAGAUGAGAGCUUUACGAGGAAACUCUCUAAAUGAGCACAGAGGAAGCCGUAGAAAAAAAAAAAUAUGGGUGCGAUGACCGCCUUUUAUGGGCGCUGAUGCUCCGGCAAGCCGAAAAAUACAAACAUAGACUAAUAAACAAUUUCACUC